AUGCUGAGCUCGGAGGGGCCGCGGCGCCCCCCCCCUCUGGGGAAGCUGGCCUCCCGUCUGGAGGCCCUGAAGAGCCCGUGGCGGCGGUUCUCCGGGCCCCCGGGCCCCGGGGAGCCGGCGCUGGAGCUCAGCCACAACGAGGCGGCGCGGCUGGCCACGGACGCGCUGCUGGAGGCCGGGGAGCCGGGGUACCGGCGCGUGCUAGCAGAGGAGCGCGAGCUCAGCUUCCUGUCGCCGCGCGAGAUCCGAUACAUCGGCCGCCACAAGGCUUUGGGCCCGGACCCCCACCAGGAACCGGGCGAGACCCCCCCGGAACGGGAUUUUGGGGAGUUCGGGGAGUUUGGGGACGUCCAGGACCAGGACGCCGUUUCGGAGCUCACCUCCGGGACCUACUUCCCCAUGAUGUCCGAUGAGGAGCCGCCCCUGCUGGAGCUGGGCUGGCCCCAGGCCCCCGCCCGCUUCGGCCCCUCAGAGACCCAGAUCUACUUCCAGAGGGACCGGAGCCACAACGUCAAGGACAUCAUCCGGUCCUUGAUCAGUAAGGCCAAGAAGAUAAAAGGGGACUGA